AUGAAUCCAUUGAACAAGAUCAUCUUCCUAUCCGCAUUCCUAGCCUCGGGAUUCUUACUCAUACUCCUAUCAUGUGCCUUGUUUAACAAUUACAAACCGUUGUGGGUAAUUUUGAUAUUCUUGGCUGCGCCUUUACCAAACAUCAUAGCCAACUCGAUAGAAAGUUCAAGAGAUUACAAUUUUCUAACAUUCAACGACUAUGGCAAUUCCAACGAUCUGAAUUCUAGUCCCUUGCAGGAGUUUUGCAAGUUUGUCACGGGGGUUCUCAUCAUUAGUGGGAUUGCUUUACCCUUAAGCUUGUACCAUUGUGGGCUAAUCGAAUUGGGCUCGUUUAUCAUGAGUGCUUCGGGCGGGUUGAUCGUCUAUGGCGAUAUCAUUAUAUUUAUUUGGUUCUUUAGCAGCGAAGUUGAAGAAAGUGACGAGUUCAACUUCUGA